AUGACUGAUCUAGGUAAUAUAAGCAAGCCGGAGACCUGGCAAAUUUACGAUCCUUAUCCUGAACCAUCUCAUCCGCAGAAACUAACGCGUCCUACCGACUUUGAGCCCAUCAAGGUCCGACAUCCAUGCUAUCAGGAUGAUUCCUGUAACGUCCUCCUUAAAUUUUGGUCACAUGCGCAUCACGAAACGGUGCGGGUUGCAUGUGCAAUCGUCGCAAACAACGCAUGGGUAGGUUAUCUUUCGACUGACAGAGGUGGAAACGACCCAAUUGUUGAGAAUACUGAGAGCACCCUUACGAGGAAGUCAUACUAUUUUCACGUAGCGCAGCCUAUUAACGGAGAGGUCGUGGACUAUCCCGUUGUUCCCACUUUCGAACACUGGCGAUUCCCGACAGCUCUUCCUCUCUACUGGAGAGAGAUUUCGAAUUUCCUCCAGAGACCACAGCCUCCACCCGACUCGCGCUGUAGGCUCACACAGUGUGACUAUUCCGUGGAAAACGCUCACCUGAUCCCAGCGGUGGAAAAGGAGUGGUUUGACAAGAAUUCCAUGUCUGAUUACACAGAUUCCACUGCAGUGGACAAGAUGAACCAUCCAAAUAACACCAUCCGCUUUAAGAGCGACGUUCACACCAUCUUCGAUUCCAAACGCUUUGCCAUCGUCCCGGCCGGCGGACGACUUGUGGCUUACUGCCUCAAUGCGCGGCCAGGGUCACACAUCGAGCGAUUCUGUCAUGGGGUUGAACUUCAUAGGCUCAACAACCCACCCCAACUCCUUCUCGCCCGGUUUGGAUACACAGUUUUUGAGGAUUUGCGAGACUUUCUCGACGCAAGAGUAGCAAGAAAGCUUCUCCUCUGGACCGAAAAUACCUGGACGACGGAGAUUUGUAAUUUUGAGAGAUGUCAGCAAUUUUCGAGAGCAACGGCAUCUCAAGGCAAAUCCAGGAGUGCCAGUCCGAAAAAACGAUCGAAGAUGCAGGAGUCGGAAGAGUUGGAAGAGUUCGACGUCGAGUGGUCGGAUGAAGAAGCAUUGAGGGGCCGCAAAAAACAACGUACCAGCGAGUCCAUCGAAUUGUCAGACCGAGAAUCGUCUCUACUUCCAGACACACCCCAAGACGAUAUUGAAGAAAAAUGCUCCGAAGCGCAAUUACGGACGCGUCAAGCUAUGGAUGAAAGUCGAGAUACCUUCGCAGAGACCAUCAGCUACCUUCGGAAACGCCCCCUAAUUCAAGAUGACGACCCUGAAAAUGAAGAGAGAUCGCAAUUACUGGCAAGACAUCAAAAAUUCAAAGCAGUGCCUAGAUGUUUGCAAAAUGGCUAG